UUUCUCCUUUCUCUCUCCUCCAGUCCUCCUUCAUCCUCUUUCUCUCUCUCUCAUUGCUGCCUGCUAGUACUCUCUCCAUCGACUUGGUGGUGGGAUGUGAUUCUCCACCACCUCCGAGCGAGCUUGCCAGAGGUCUCUCCACCUCUUUCUUCCUCGCAUGCUUCCUUUUCUUUCCAAACACAAAUCCGCAGCAAAGAAAGUGCAAAUUAUAAAGAAAAGAUCGGAAUUCAAAGCAGCCGGAAAGCUGACUAGCUAGAAGAGCGAAAAGAGAGAGAAGUAUAUCUCAGCAGGGCCUCCAUGGUGUUCCCUUCACCUUCAGUGCCGGUCUACCUAGAUCCACAUCCACCUAAUUGGAAUAACCAGCAGCAGCAAGGUCAGCAGCCGAGGGCGAGCGGGGGAGCCGAUGCACCGCUGCUGCCCGUGGGUCCGGCGGCUGCCACAGCCGCGGCUCCGGAGCCCAGUGGCUUGCCGAGAAGCUCAUCGGCGGCCAGUGCCGCCGUGGCCGCGCACGCGAGGCCCAACUCGAUGGCGGAGCGCGCGCGGCUGGCGCGGAUGCCGCAGCCGGAGCCGGCGCUCAAGUGCCCGCGCUGCGAGUCCACCAACACCAAGUUCUGCUACUACAACAACUACUCCCUCUCCCAGCCCCGCCACUUCUGCAAGACGUGCCGCCGCUACUGGACGCGCGGCGGAUCCCUCCGCAACGUCCCCGUCGGCGGAGGCUGCCGCCGCAACAAGCGUUCGUCCAAGUCCUCCUCCGCCGCCGCCGCCGGGUCUUCCUCCUCCUCCAAGACGUCCUCCUCGGGCAGGCUGCUCGGUGGUCCGUCAGCUACGCCGUCCACUACUCCGGGCGUAACCGGUGCGAUCAUCACUCCGGGUCUCAGCUCUUUCUCUCACCACCACUUGCCGUUCUUGGGCUCGAUGCACCCGCCGGGGCCCAACCUAGGGUUAGCGUUCUCCGCCGGACUGCCGCUGCUCGGCAUGCAGCACCUGGACACGGUGGAUCAGUUCCCGGUGGCAAGCGGCGGCGGCACCACCAUCGGUGCAUCUCUGGAGCAGUGGAGAGUGCAGCAGCAGCAGCAGCGGCAGUUCCCGUUCAUGACUGGGGGAAUACUGGACCUUCCACAGCCGCCGACGUACCAACUGGGUUUGGAAGCUAACCGAGGAGGCGGCGGCGGCUCAGCUGCGGCGGCGUUCACUUUAGGGCAGCCCACGACGACCAGUGCUACUGCUACCACGGGAAGGCAGGAAGGGUCGCCAAAGAAGAUGGAGGACAGUAAAGGACAAGACAUGAGCUUACAGAGGCAGUACAUGGCGGCUCUACGCCACGGAUCAGGAGCACACGGUGGCUGGGAUGGGAAUGCUGCUGGUGGCAGUGGCAGCGACGGUGGUGGCACUGGCAGUGCCGGUUCAACUUGGCCGAUGAACAUUAUUCCUGGAUUCCAUUCUUCGUCCACCACUGGUGGCAAUGGCGGUGGCUCGUUGUAGACUUGGUAAUACACUCCGGCUGGGCCAAUGUCAAGAAGAUAUUUUCGAGAUGCAUGCAUGGUUGAGUUUGAGCAAAUGCUAGCAGCUAGCUAUAGCUAGGACGAUGGAGGAACAGGAGAUGGUCAAUCCGCCGGUCUGUUCAUCAACUGCUAUUCUUCAUCAGCAACUGUAGAAGCACACUGCUAGCUCAUGAUGGUCACAGGUAGGAGUUUAAAGUAAAGUUGCUCUUUGGUUAACCCUUUUUUCUGCCAUUUGGUUUUGAACUUAAAGGUGUUCGUCCUGCAUUGUGUCCAUAGCGCCACUUUUCUACUUUUCAACACUAUUGUUCACAGGGAUUAAUUAAUCAAAAUUGGUGCACGGGGUAUAUAUAUACUAUCUGGUAAGGUAUAUUUGACAUGGAGACUGAUUAGUAGUGUCAUCACUACUCCUAUUGUGUGGAGUUUGCAUGAAAUGAAUGUAUGUAUGGUUUGUUUGCCAAGUUACUUCCAUAUAUAUGUUUUUGCUUCUAUAUA